AAAACUUCAGUCUAGGUCAGGUGCUCAUCUAAAUCAGACAAUAUGACGAAAUUGGUUUUGAUUUUUGCUUCAAUAAUCGCAGCAGCUUCAGCAGCGUUGCCACUACCACCACGUCAAUACCCAACCAGGCUACCAGUAUUGCCCUCUCCAGUACCAUCGUAUAACACUUACCCUGUCCAAUCAGGAAAGGUCAUCGCAAUUCUUCGUCUAGAGAGUGAUAUUGCUCCCGAUGGUAGCAGUUAUCAGUAUGCAUACGAUACGGAAAAUGGAAUUUCUGCUCAAGAAUCUGGUAGCUUGGUAGCUGCUGGCCCUGAACCAGCUCUUGCUGCAAGCGGAUCCUUCCAAUACACCUCUCCAGAAGGUGUUCCAGUUCAGAUUUCUUACAUAGCUGAUGAAAAUGGAUUCCAGCCUUCUGGCAAUGUGUUGCCUACCCCACCACCAAUUCCGCUAGCCAUACAGAGAUCUCUAGAAUAUAACGCAGCACACCCUGAACCUCAGGGUACUAGCGCUCCAUUCAGAAAGUAUUAUAAGUAAAUAUUACUAGAUUGUUAUGUGACUCUGUGUGUAUGUUGUGAAUGUUUGUUAUGGUAAAUAAACUUUUAAAUAAAUCA